AUGACAAUGUCCUUCUGGGGUCGACGUCGAGCUUAUCUCACUUCAUGCUGGUUUAACUUCUGCUCUCUCAGUCAACAUGAUCAUCGACAAAGUACCGUCGUACUACACUGAACAACAGCUCCGAGCAUACCUGAAGAAAGCCGCUUAUCCAGGCUUCGAGCUCGACUCUCCCUUGCCAGAACCGACGCUCGACACAUUGAGCAAGGUCGUCCUACAGCAUCUCUUCACCUACCCAUUCGAGAAUGCCGAUAUGCACUACUCCCAAGCGCAUGUGAUGAACGUCGAGCCCCAAGCGCUCUAUCAGCGGUUCGUCGGCGAUGGGAAAGGCGGCAGCUACUGUUUUGGCCAGAACGGGCUUUUGCUCGGCAUGCUCCGAGCACUCGGAUACCCAGCGUACGCCGCUGCUGCUCGAGCGAACGAGCUGCACAUGUCGGACCCACACGCCCCGCCGAGGUAUUCCCCACUAAACCAUGCUUGUCUCCUUGUGCACCCCAUCGACACCCCGAUCCAUCUCGUCGACACAGGCUUUGGAGGUACUGGCCUGAUAGGCCCUAUCGAGCUCAAACACGGUGCGACCCGGGAAGGCCCCGCAGCAGAAGAACAUCGGAUCCUCAAAGGUCACCCGCUAAAUGCGGCCACGCGAGAUCUCUCAGGCUGGACAGUCGAAUGGCGUGGUGUGGACGCACCUUGGCGCCCUCUAUUCCAGUUCUCGGAAGCUGAGCUAUACCCAAACGACUACGAGGCGCUAUCGUUCGCCUUCUGUGGUCGGGCGGAUGGGUGCGGUCCUUUCUGGACAGACAUCCUCUGUAUGCGACCGUUCAGAGCGGAGGACGGGACGAUCGGGAGGAUGACGAUGAUGAAUGGUGCGAUUAAGAGACGGUUGAAUGGCAAGUCGGAGGUGAUGAAGCAGGUUACUACGGAGGAGGAACGCGUUGAGGCGCUGAAGAAGUAUUUUGAUAUUUUGAUUACUGAGGAAGAUUCGGCUUUCAUUCAAGGACACAGGGCGGAGAUACAGGCGGUGCAAUCUGUAACGGUCUGAGAUCCAAGGUCGAUUAAGAGCAGAGAAUGAUGUAUAGAUGCAAUGACCAAUGACAAUAUAUAUUG